UCUCACCUUCUUCAGAUACCCCUGAACAUCUGCGUAUCUCACAUUCUGCAAAUAAAGAAAUGGCUCUCACAAGCAGCUCUGUGAUUCCCACCAAAUCCUUCAUUCAAACCCAGUCUUCUCUCCUGCCCUCCACCAAACCCCACCAACCCUCCAUCCCUUCCAGGCGCAGAUCACUCCCUUCGAUCUCCGCCGUCCACGCCGCCGAGCCCGCUAAGAACCCGGUUGUCUCCGACAAGCCGCCGAAGCAGCAAGUAACGCCACCGCCGACGAAGACGACCCACAAUGCGGCUCCGGUGACGUGGAGCGUGGAGAGCUGGAAGACCAAGAAGGCUCUCCAGCUGCCGGAGUACCCGAAUCAGGAGGAGCUCGAGUCGGUGCUCAAGACCCUCGAUACAUUCCCUCCGAUCGUUUUCGCCGGAGAGGCGAGGAACCUCGAGGAGCGGCUGGCUGAGGCCGCCAUGGGCAACGCGUUCCUUCUGCAAGGCGGGGAUUGCGCCGAGAGCUUCAAGGAAUUCAAUGCCAACAACAUCCGUGAUACCUUCAGAAUCAUCCUCCAAAUGGGUGCCGUCUUAAUGUUCGGAGGUCAAUUGCCUGUUAUCAAGAUGGGGAGAAUGGCGGGUCAGUUUGCGAAGCCGAGAUCGGAUCCGUUCGAGGAGAAGAACGGUGUGAAGCUGCCGAGUUACAGAGGGGACAAUGUGAACGGAGACGCUUUCGACGAGAAGUCGAGGACUCCGGACCCCCAGAGGAUGAUUAGAGCCUACUGUCAAUCUGCUGCCACUCUCAACCUUCUGAGGGCCUUCGCUACCGGAGGGUAUGCUGCUAUGCAGAGGGUCACCCAGUGGAAUCUGGAUUUCGCGGAGCACAGCGAGCAGGGAGAUAGGUACCGUGAACUAGCUCAUCGUGUUGAUGAGGCCCUUGGAUUCAUGACUGCAGCUGGACUCACUGUUGACCAUCCCAUUAUGACGACAACUGAUUUCUGGACAUCCCAUGAAUGCUUGCUCUUGCCAUAUGAGCAGUCACUUACUAGGUUGGAUUCAACCUCAGGCCUUUACUAUGACUGCUCUGCCCAUUUUCUUUGGGCAGGGGAACGUACCAGGCAGCUGGAUGGUGCUCAUGUUGAGUUUCUAAAAGGGAUUGCUAAUCCCCUCGGCAUUAAGGUCAGUGAUAAGAUGGAUCCAAACGAGCUUGUCAAGCUCAUCGAGAUUUUGAAUCCUCAGAACAAAGCUGGGAGGAUAACAAUAAUCACAAGAAUGGGAGCUGAAAACAUGAGGGUAAAGCUUCCUCAUCUAAUUAGGGCUGUCCGCAGAGCUGGGCACAUUGUUACAUGGGUCAGUGAUCCUAUGCAUGGAAACACAAUAAAGGCUCCGUGCGGUCUCAAAACUCGCCCCUUUGACUCCAUCAGGGCUGAGGUGAGAGCCUUCUUUGACGUGCAUGAGCAAGAAGGAAGCCACCCAGGAGGAGUUCAUCUAGAGAUGACAGGGCAGAACGUGACAGAGUGCAUUGGUGGGUCACGAACCGUGACAUUUGAUGACCUAAGUUCACGUUACCACACCCACUGUGACCCCAGGCUGAAUGCUUCACAAGCUCUUGAGCUUGCCUUCAUCAUUGCGGAGCGUCUUAGAAAGAGGAGGAUCAGAUCUCAGCAACCUCUUUCCUCCUUAGGGUUCUAGAAUAGGGCUUCAAAUGCCCAAGGCCAACAAUAUGUUCCUUCUUUUUCCCUAAGUUAUUAGUGGUUGUAUUAGCAUGAUCACUUUUGAGUUUUUUGAGUUAUUUAUGUUGUGUAUUGUAUGUGUAUACUUAAAAGGAAGUGGUGGUGUGAGACUUCUGAAAGGAAAGUGGAAUAAAUGGAAACGAUGACUGCAUUUUAUA